CCCCAUAUCAAGUCAAACCCAAAUAAUAUUUUAUAUGUGACUUUUUUUUUUUGUAAACUUGGUGGUUCAUGUGUUCAUAUAACAGCCAUGUUAGCAAUUAGCAGCAAUGAGAGCUGGAUAUAACAAACCUGCAUGCACUUCAAAGCUUUGUGAAUGGAACAUACCAUCCAAAAAAACCAAGAUAGAACCUUUGCCAGUUAAAGAUAUGAAUUUUAGGGCUGCCAAAUUUAACAAAGUACCUUCAAGACCUACCACAUCAGCAGUUCGCAACUGAAAGUCAUAGUGAUACCCCAGAGAAAAACCGCAGGUUCAUGUUUGAUAAUCUAAAGGAAAUGAUUCCAGAUGGUUGCUUUACCUCAUUUUAUGAGAAAAUUAAAGGGACAAAUUCAACAAAGGAUGAAGAAGCAAGUACAAAUUUGGAGUCUCCUCCAUGUAACUUAAUAAUAAAGUUAGCAAACAAAUCUAAAUCUGUGGAGGAAUUUUUAGAUGAGCUACCAACUCUCACACAAUCAAACAUACAAAAUAUUGAACAUGAAACAGUUGGUCUAUCUAAUAACUAUAUGUGGGUUUUACAAAGGAAAGGAAGAUUAACUGCUUCAAAUUUUUACUCUGUUUUUACAAAAGUCAAUUCCAUCAAGGAAGAUCCGGAAAAUGCCUGCAAGGUUGAACCACUCAUUAAAAAAAUUAUGGGUUAUGAAUCACAUUAUCAAGAUAUACCUGCACUCAAGCAUGGACACAUGUUUGAACCUAUUGCAAGAGAGAAAUAUUUGUCACUAAUAAAAAAUUCUCACUCAGGAUUCAAGUUCAGAGAAUGUGGUUUAUUCAUAGACUCUCAAAAGAUAUACUUAGGUGCCUCCCCUGAUUUGUGUAUUGAUUGUGAUUGCUGUGGUUCAGGAGUUGCUGAAUUCAAGUGCCCAUACUCAAUUGCCCAUGAAAAACCAACAGAACAAAAUUUGAACUACCUGGUCUCAAAUGGUAGUGGUACCACCUUAAAAAGAAAGCAUCCCUACUUUGCACAAAUUCAAGGACAGAUGGCAUUGACAAAGAGGAAAUAUUGUGACUUUUUUGUCUAUACACGAGAUGGUUAUUUUCAAGAACGCAUACAUUAUGAUCCUGAUUAUUGGUUCAGUCUCGUAUCUAGUUUAGAAUACUUUUUUCAUAAUUUCCUUGCCAAGGAACUUGUGUUUGAGGAAGUUCAGCAGAAAAUUGAAUUCUCCAAAGACACAGAAAGCUGAAAAUAGAUAUCUGUUACUACAAUGUAAUACCAUUGAGUGAUGGCACUUGAAAUUGAUAUGGCAAUUUACUAGUUUCUUAGUCUAUCUUGGACUUUGAAGGGCACUUUGCAUAAAAUCAAUACAAUAGAUGUAAUACUGCAUAUGAAAACUAUUGUGUUUUAUACGAAGAUUUCGUUUCAUAAGUUCAAGUACCAUCACUCUAAUUUGGAUUUCUCCUAGGAAAAAAACCUAUUUACAUAACU